CAGACCUCCAUAGCGGAAUUAAAAUUAUAUUGUAGCCCUCUGGGUGCGACGACGCGUCUGUCACUCACGAAGUUUCCGAACUACGAGUGAAAGUGUUGUGAAUUGUGAAAUUUUAUUGCUAUUAAUUUUUUUUUAUAUUUUGAAUUAUAUGAUGCACUAUACACAUAUUUACACAAAGUUCUGUAGUUGUUAAACGCUCAUUCCUGUGCUUUAAAUAAAUACUUUUUGAAGUAAAAGCUAUUGUUAAUAAAUAUUUUUUUUUAUAUCAAUAUUGCAGUAAACUUAAGCGCGGUGUGUGUAAUAGUUAAUAUUAUAUUUUUCUGCAAAAUAAACAUAAAAUGAGAAUUACUAUAGAACUGAGAGCUGAGUAAAUAUUUGGACCAACUAUGUACUUGAGUGCUGUAACACUAUGAUCGGUUACAUUAUAUAUAUCUAACUAUCACAUGGAUAAAAUGUCUUUUCGAACUUUUAAUUCGUCGAUUGGUUGGAAUGGGAGUGAAGUGUGGGAAGUCAGCCCUUUGGACUUGGACGUGUUCUACAAUCCUGAUGUUGUAAUUAUCGUUCUCUAUGUCGUGGUGCUGACUACUUCGCUGUCUGCGAACACGCUGCUCAUCUUCAUAGUGAUCAAAUUCCAGUAUAUGAGAAGCGUUACAAACAUUUUCCUCGUGAAUCUUUCGGUGGCUGAUCUCCUGGUGACGUUGUUCUGUAUGCCGGUCCAGAUCGCUAAAUCUGUCACACUUUUGUGGUAUUUUGGCGAAGUGAUGUGCAAAACUGUAAAUUUUUUACAGGGAGUGGCCGUGGCAUCCAGUGUGUUUACUAUAACGGCCAUGUCGGUGGACCGGUAUUUGGCAAUCACGCAGUCACUUCGUCAGCCUUGGAUGCCUUCAAGACGAGGAGCUUGUUCCCUUCUUGCAACCCUGUGGUUUAUUUCCUUAGCCAUAUUUGCACCACUGCUAGCUGUUGCAGCCGUGGAAAGGGAAGAAGUUCCGAUUCUUGCAAGGAAUAAAAAUGGAUCGGUUUGGUUGGAAAGCAGUAUAGAGUUUUGUACAGAAAAGUGGCCAGAUUCCAUCAGAAAGGAGCUGUUUGGAACUUUCAGUUUUAUACUAGUUUAUGCUAUACCAGGUUGCAUUGUUGUCGUCUCGUAUUCAUUGAUGGGUCGACGUUUGUGCUCAGUGCUGCCACCGUUUGAUCAGACUGAAGGAAGUGCGAAUAGCCAGCAGCGUUUACGUCUGGUUCGUGAAAGAAAACGAGUAGCGUGGAUACUGCUUCUGUUGGCAGUGCUGUUCGCGUUGUGCUGGCUACCUUAUAAUAUUUUGCAACUGCUGAUUGACGUAAAUGCUGUUCAGGUUGAUUCUGUAGCGCUCGUGCUGCCGUAUACGCUACUACUAGGGCACACGAACUCAGCAAUCAACCCGAUAGUAUACUGUUUGAUGACCCGCAACUUCCGUCGCUCACUGCGCAAGCUGCUCUGUCACGACCCCGGUAACAUACACUCUAGUACUCAUUUCAAUAUGCAAGGCUUACGACAAAAAUCCAACACGUCUAGCAUGAGAACGUAUACGACAGUGACAUUUAGGAGCAGCAACAAUCAGAAUCGACCACAAUCAACGCCCGUUCAAUACGGCAGGGUCAGUAGAAGCUCCCUGAAGGACCCCGCAUGGCACAGAGGAAAGGCUCAGUUUCUAUAGUGUGAUAGCUUAGUAUUAUAACUCAUACUGAAACAUGUAUUAUAUAAAUUAGAAUACAAAGGUAAAUUAAAUUUGAAUACUAGCUUAUAGUUAAGAAAGUAUUUAUUGUAGAAUUAGGUUUUAUCUGAAUAAUGUUUGCACUGUAAUCAAAAUUUAUAUUAAGCUCUGCUUAUAAGGCUAGCUUGCACUAUUACUAUACUAUUUUAUUUAAUAUUAUAAUAAGAGAAUGAUAGAGAUAUUGUCCCUAUUUAAAAACAUCUUUUAAAUGUAAAGAAGGCUUAUAUGGGUACAUUGAAACCAUAAAAAUAAUGUAAAACGUACAACGAUUAGAAAUUAUUUAUCAAAAUAUCAGUGGCUUUGCUAUAUUUGUAUAUUAACUUAUGUAAAUACAUAGUAAGUAUAUAUCUAAAAAUAAUUAUUUAUUAUAUUCUUUACUUACAUAAUAAACGCGACUUGAAUACUAAAAAAAUUAUGAAUUUUCAACUUUGACAUAAAAUAUUUAAUUUAAUUAUUUUUUUAGCCUAAGUCGAUUAUUUAAUAAAA